GAUUAACUGCUGAAGUACUGAUCGAGUUCUGCUAUUCUUCAAUGAGGAACUACAGGCUGAUCUUUUGCCAUAAUCUUAAACAACCAUAAAUGACAAAAGAAUGCUUGGUCAGUGAGGGCAGCUGGCGCAGAAAACGUUUUUCAAACUCGGCUGUUUAAGUACUCUGAGAAAAGACAGCUUUGAUUUUUGGCUGCAAAAAGAUAUGAGGAAGAGCUCCUCCCCUUCCUUGAGUAACUGCAACUCUGUUCUUGCUAACAAAAUAUUUGGAAUUCCACUUGAUGAGCUGCAGCAAGAAGGGCAACCAGACAAUGAGGUUCCAUUCAUAGUCCGCCAUGUCGUGGACUAUAUUGAGGAACAUGGGGGUCUGGAACAAGAAGGACUUUUUCAAGUCAAUGGGAAUGCUGAGACAGUGGAGUGGCUUCGGCAGCGAUACGAUAAUGGAGAAGAUGUGGACCUGGUUAAAGAAGCAGAUGUACCCUCAGCUAUUAGCCUUCUUAGAUUUUUUCUUCAAGAACUUCCAGAGCCAGUUAUCCCCGGCAGUUUGCACAUGCGUUUGAUGCAACUUUCUCAAGAUGAUAAUAAUGAAGAUGAAUUUGGCAGAAAGUUGAGGUUCCUCUUGCAGCAGCUUCCACCUGUUAAUUACAGUUUGUUAAAGUUUCUGUGUAAAUUUUUAGCUAACGUAGCAUCACAUCAUGAAGAAAUUUGGUCGGCAAGUUCUUUAGCUGCAGUCUUUGGCCCGGAUGUUUUUCACAUUUACACAGAUGUGGAGGAUCUGAAAGAGCAAGAAAUAGUUAGCAGAAUAAUGGCGGGACUUCUGGAGAACUACUAUGAAUUCUUUGAAAAUGAAGAAGAAGAUUUUUCAUCUACUAAUGAUUUAAGCUCAAUAACCGAGCAGAUCAAUGAUCUCUUGGAAGAGGAGGAAGAUGUCAAGCUUGAGCAGUCUGAAGAACUUCCAGAAGAUGGCACAGAGAAACCUGUUGAAAGGCCGGCUGUGGUGCAUCUCGACAUGACAGGGAGUCUCGAGGAUUCCAGGAGCGUUACAGCAUCAACAAGUGCUAAUAUCUCUCCCAUAAGUAUCUUGCCAGCCUCUGCAGACAUUUUGGAAAGAACAAUUAGAGCAGCUGUGGAACAGCACCUUUUCGACCUGCAGAGCAGCUUAGAUAACGAUCUGAAACACAUACAGCAACACAGACUGGGCUGUAACAAUGAAGCAAAAAAUCCCAGCGGGGAUGAGGAAGGAUCUAACAACCAGAAUGAUGUUAUUGAAGAUAAUGACACUGGUAGCAGUGAGAACACAGGAGACUGCUCUGAAGUGUUGGUUUGCACUGAAUUAGACAGUGAAGCUAUGAAACAUGGUACUGUAACUGAGGAAGAAGAAAGCGUUCAGGUACCAGCCCUUCCUUCUGCUCAGACUGCAGACAUAUUAUUGAAACCAUGUGAUAAAGAUGCAGCUGUUGAUGGAGAAAAUAAUAGUGAAAGGCAAAAUAGUAUAUUGCUUGGUGGCAAUGAUAGAAUAUCUUCAGAGAUGUUUCUGGAUUCAAGUAGCGACACUUGUGAUCUCAAUGCAAAUACUGAUUCCGAGGUGUCGGGGGAUGGCAACGUUAAUGUUUCUGAGGAAGCUCUGGGUGUCCAAGUACCACAUCUAGAUCUGAAGAAUGUAUCUGAUGGUGACAAAUGGGAAGAUCCGUUUCCUGCUUUCAAAUCCUGGCAGGAGGACAGUGAAUCUGGAGAAGCUCAGCUUUCCCCGCAGGCUGGAAGGAUGACUAAUCAUCCGUUGGAAGAGGACUGUCAUCCGAUAUUGUCACAUCGUAGUUUGGAUUUUGGGCAAAGCCAACGUUUCUUGCAUGAUCCAGAAACGUUAGAUUCUUCAUCCAAAGCACUUUCUUUCGUUAGAACACGAAGAGCAUCCUUUAGCUCAAAAGAUGACAAAAGGGAAGACAAGACACCUUAUCAGCUUGUCAAGAAAUUACAGAAAAAAAUAAAGCAAUUUGAGGAACAAUUUGAAAAAGAGAAGAACAGUAAGCCCUCCUAUAGUGAUAUUGCAGCCAAUCCAAAAGUUUUAAAAUGGAUGACUGAACUUACCAAACUGAGAAAGCAAAUAAAAGAUGCAAAGCAGAGGAGCUCAGAUGGAGAAUUCAUACCUCAAGCACGUCCACGAAGUAACACUCUUCCAAAAAGUUUUGGUUCCUCUCUUGACCAAGAGGAUGAAGAAAAUGGAGAUGAGAUGCGGGUUGUGCAGAAAGAGAAGCAGCCCACCAAAGAAGCUACGCUUGAGCUCAUUUUGAAAAGGUUAAAGGAAAAACGAGUUGAGAGAUGUUUGCCAGAAGAUAUAAAAAAAAUGACAAAAGACCAUUUGGUAGAAGAGAAGACAUCUCUCCAGAAAAGCCUCCUGUAUUAUGAAAGUCAACAUGGACGGCCGGUUACUAGAGAAGAAAGACAUAUUGUGAAGCCACUUUAUGACAGAUACAGACUUGUAAAACAAAUGUUAACUAGAGCAAGCAUUACUCCUAUUCUUGGGUCACCAUCAACCAAGAGGCGGGGGCAGAUGUUACAGCCCAUUAUUGAAGGUGAAACUGCCCAUUUUUUUGAAGAAAUCAAGGAGGAAGAGGAGGAAAGCGAUGGUUUGUCUGCAGACCUGAACGAUAUCUUAAAAACUGCUGUCCAAACACAGUCUGUUUUAAGCCCAGUUGAAAACUCUGAGUCUGAUGUUGAAGAUGGUCAAGAGAAACUGACCAGGGACCUGAGGCUGUCAAGCACCCGCGCUGCUUCUAUGCCUGAAUUAUUGGAGCAACUGUGGAAAGCCAGAGCUGAAAAAAAGAAGCUACGUAAGACGUUGCGAGAAUUUGAAGAGGACUUUUAUCAGCAGAAUGGAAGGAAUGUCCAGAAAGAAGAUCGGGCUCCGAUGCUUGAUGAGUACAGGGAGUACAAGAAAAUUAAAGCCAAACUUAGGCUGUUAGAAGUCCUUAUCAGCAAACAAGAUUCUUCAAAAUCAAUUUAAAUUCUGUUCCUCCAAACCAUUGAAUAACAUGUUACCGUAUACAACCACUGUACUUAUUGGGUACUUGUGUUCAUUUGUCAUGCACUGUUGAAAGAAUCCAGUUUGUGCACUUUAUUGUGGUGCCACUAUCACAUGUUUGAAGGGUAAGUAGGUCCUGUCUAGAGAGCAAGUAAGAUUUUUGAAGUUCGAGACUGCUCUAUCCAACUUUAGCAAACACAGUUUCCAUCAAAGUUUUGUUUUACAGAUGCAUCCGUCUUGUUUCAAAACAACCUUAGCUUUUUUUUCUUUAGCAUUCAAGAACUUUGAGACUUUUGUUAUUACCAACUUUUUGCAUUACUGAAGAAAUUAUUAAUACCAUAAUGCUACACUGAACUACUCCUCUUGCCUAUUUUUUAUUAUGGGGGAAAAAGUCAGCAAAUUAAACAUAUGGCUCUUUUUCCUGGAACAUUUGAAAAACAGACUGAAAUUCCUUUCAAAGGACUGCUGUGGAACAACUUUAAUUUUUGGUAUUCUAAAUUGCACCUAUAAC